GGGAAUCAUCCUCGCCCGUGUCCUCUCUUACAAUACUUGCUCUGAUCUGCCUUCAACUCACCACCGACGUCGCGCCUUGAGCACUUUUUUGUGCCCGUUGUUAAACACUUGCAAAACACACAAGUUCACGCCUGUGACUGUGAUACAAUUUUCAUGCAGAAAGGGAACAUAGUAGGAAUUGCCCUCGGCUCGGCACUUAUCACUGCCCUCCGACCAUCUGGGCUCCUCGCGCUCAUCCUCACCAUCCUACACUCUCCUCUAUACAUCCUCCUAUCUACCCUCUUCGGAAUCAUCGCUUUUCACGUCAUCGAGUAUCUGAACGAUCCAUACGGCUAUAACACUUCAAGUCCAACUCCCAUUCCUGGACCAUGGAUCGCAAAAUUAAGCGACAUCUGGCUUUCUCGCAAAGCUGCACUGGGAGAUCGUUCGGGCCGAAUCCACAAGUUACACCAGAAGUACGGCAAAGUGGUUCGUAUUGCUCCGAACCACAUAUCCAUUGCGGACCCGGAGGCACUUCAGAUCGUUUAUGCGCAUGGUAAUGGAAGUUUGAAAUCCGACUUUUACGAUGCAUUCGUUUCAUUGCACCGAGGACUUUUCAACACGCGUGAUCGUGCGGAGCACACUCGCAAACGCAAAAUAGUCUCAAGUAUCUUCUCGCAGAAGAACGUCCUCGAAUUCGAACCCUACAUUCAAAACUUGAUUGCGCUGAUGAUGGUGAAGUGGGAUUCGAUGACGGGCGAAGCGGAGGCGUGCAAGGAUCAUGAGCAGGUUAAGCAGGAGUUCGAUUUGAACCAGGGUGGGAUCGGCAAUGGGAAGAGUGGUGAGGGGAAGAAGGUUGUGCCCCUUAAAGAAGGAACGUAUGCCGAAGGUGGACGAGUUUGGUUUGAUGCUCUCAAAUGGUUCAACUACCUCGCAUUCGAUAUCAUUGGCGAUCUCGCUUUCGGUUCGCCCUUUGGAAUGCUUCAAGCCGAGAAGGACGAAGCGGCUGUGUUGAUGCCUGGUGAUACGCCCGACAAGACGGUUUACCUACCUGCGAUCCAGAUUUUGAACGAUAGGGGGAAUUAUAGUGCUAGUUUGGGGGUUAUCCCUCCAGUCUUCAGGCCGAUUGUGAAGCAAUUCCCGUGGUUCAAGCGCGGAACUCAAGCGGUGAAGAGUCUUGCUGGUAUUGCUGUGGCAGCCGUAGGGAAACGUCUUUCGGAACCAAGUGACAGGAACGAUCUUCUUUCCAAGCUCCAGAAGGGGAAAGAUGUUAAUGGGAAUCCUAUGGGCCGCGCGGAGCUUACGGCUGAAGCUCAGACUCAGCUCAUUGCGGGGAGCGAUACCACCUCUAAUUCAUCAUGCGCUAUAACGUACUUCCUUGCCACUCAUCCUGAGGCUCAGAAGAAGUUGCAGGCGGAAUUGGAUGAAGCGCUCGGACACCCUAUUUGUCCUAAUGUGGGUCUGGAGGCAACGGUCUCUGAGCUCAAGUCGGACGUUGCGCCGUACGAUGCUAUCAAGGCGCUGCCUUACUUGCAGGCAUGUAUCCAAGAAGGGCUAAGAAUGCACUCGACAAGUGGGAUCGGAUUGCCGAGGAUCGUUCCGGCUGGUGGGUUAACGGUUAUGGGGAGGUUUUACAAGGAGGGUAGUAUCCUUAGUGUUCCGAGUUACUCGAUUCAUCGUGAUAGGGAUGUUUGGGGCGAGGAUGUUGAUGAGUAUAGACCCGAGAGGUGGUUCGAAGGAGAUGAGGAGAAGAUGCAGAAAACAUUCAACCCGUUCUCGUGGGGACCACGGGCGUGUGUCGGCAAGAAUCUAGCGAUGAUGGAACUUUUGAUGAUCAUUGCCUCGGUGUUCCGGAGAUAUGAGUUUGUCCCAGUUGAGGAGGACCAGAAGAUGGAAACCCUUGAGGGUUUUUUAAGGAAACCUCUUGAAUGCGUGCUUGGAGUGAAGAGACGCGAUAUUUGAAUCUAUUUCAUUGUGCAACUGCCAUAUCUACGGGUUGAUCUGAUAUGGUGAUGGUUACUGUAUUUUAG